CCUCCACCCGCAAGUUGCGCUUGAGUCAGCCGGCACGCGCGGGGGUGUGGAUAUACGUUUGUGGACGUAUUAGUUUGUUAGUUGCUUGGCAUCUGUGCAUCUUGCAUACUCGACUCGUGUGAAUAAAAGGCGUACAGUAGAGCGGCUAGCUAGCUCGCUCGACCCACGACGACGACAACAACAGCCAGCUCGACCAUGCCUCCCUCGGACGGAGACCGCACGGCCACAGCCACACCUGUUGACAACAAGAAGCCGUUGCAGCCCUCGCCUCCCUCUACGGCCGGGAGCGUCGACGACAACGACGGGCACAUGACCCCUGCUCUCGAGAAGCUCGACGCGGUGUCAUUGCCAUUGCCACUCGACGGCGUGGCACCACCACCUGACGCCGAUGCCGUCCCCGAACGCGUGCACCUCACGCAGGGGCGCAAAGCCCUCCUCCUCUUCCUGUUUUGUUUGAGCCAGUUCAUCGACGUCCUGUGCUAUUCCGCCUUCACCGUACUCGCAGAGUACGUCUCGAGCGACCUAGGCAUCCCGGUGACGCAGCAGAGCUGGGUGAUCACGUCGUACGCGAUCGCGCUGGCUGCGUUCCUGCUGUUCUGGGGCCGCGUGUCCGACCUGUACAGUGCCAAGCCGGUAUUCACGUACGGCUUUGUCGUGCUCGGCCUUUUGUCGCUCGUCAUCUCGUUCCUCCCCGACAAGUACUCCUUCUUCGUCAUCCGCGGCCUGUCGGGCAUCGCGGGCUCGGCGCUGAUUCCCUCGUCGUACCGCCUCAUCGUGGCGUGUUUCGAGCCGCACGAGCUCGGGCGCGCAUUCACCAUCUACGGCAUGGCCGGCGCGUUCAGCAACAUUGCGGGGACGAUCCUCGGCGCAGUCAUCGCACUCAUCCCCGGAACCGGCCAGAUGGCCAACUGGCGCUGGUUCUUCCGCAUCAUCUCCAUCGUCAUCCUGCCCGCCUCGCUCGCGGCGCACCGCCUCAUCCCCAAGCUGCGCGGGCACGACGCGGCGGCCGCCAACCCGCGGCCAAAGUGGAAGCGCCUCGACCUGCCCGGCGCGCUCAUGAUGCUCACGGCGAUUACGCUGCUCAUCCUCGGCCUGACGCUCGGCGCGGACAACGGGUGGCGCACGCCCGACUUCCUCGUGCCCUUCCUGCUCGCGUUCGUGCUCUUCCCCCUGUUCUUCCUCUGGGAGGCCUACCUCCCCGACGACAUGGCGCUCAUCCCCUCCAAGACGUGGAACUUCCGCUUCACCGUGCUCAUCGCCUUCUCGCCCGUCAUCUACUCGUGGUGGUCCACCUCGCAGAUGAGCAGCAUCCUCAUCUGGACGACGGUGCAGCACGAGCCCGUCAUGAUUGCGGCCGUGCGCCUCCUGCCGCAGGGCGUCUCGGGCAUCAGCGUCGGCCUCGGCCUGGCCAUCUUCACGCGCCUCGUCGCCCGCCCGCGCUGGACAGUCAUCAUCGGCCAGCUCUUCGGCGUUAUUGGCUAUGUGCUCAUGGUGCAGCCGAAGCGCUACGACGCGGCAGAGUACUGGCCGUUCCUGUUCCCCGCGUACCUCCUCGGCUCGGGCGGUAACAGCGCGUGCUUCAACGGUAUCUCUGUCGCGACGAUGACAUCUGUCGCGCCAGAAAUGGCGGGCGUCGCCGGCGCUGUGCUCCAGACCGCCAUGCAGGUCGGCAGUGCCGUCGCGUUCGGUGUCCAGGCUGGACUGUUGACCGUCAACCCGGGCGGCAUCGCCAACCCGGGCAACGUGCACGCGACGUACUUUUUCCAGCUCGGCUGGUCCCUGUUGUGGCUGAUUGGGUUCAUCGUGCUGUACAAGCCGGUGCCUCGGGUCCCGGCUGUGAAGGAGGACGAGGAGGUGGCGGGGGCUGGCGAGGUGGCCAAGGCGGCCGAGGUGGCCGAAAGCAAGUAAAGGGGCGGGCUGUAGCCAUAUAAUAGACAUAUAGACACAUCUUGAUACCUCGGUAAUGCACUGCAUGGCGGGU